AAGGAAGGAAGGAAGGGUGGUUCCUGGCUCGGUUCCCCCCCCUUGUUUUGAGUGACUCAGCCAGGAAACUCCCAGCCGAGCCCAGGCCUUCCUGGAGGAGAGCAGCCUCGUCGUGGUCGGGGAGGCCAGGCCUGAGGGAGCAGAGCCAGGAAGCUGGGUUCAGAAUGACGGCUCAAGUUACCCUAGAGGAUGCUUUGUCCAAUGUGGAUCUUUUGGAAGAAUUACCACUGCCAGAUCAGCAACCUUGUAUUGAACCACCUCCAUCAUCCUUGCUUUAUCAGCCAAAUUUCAACACCAAUUUUGAAGACAGGAAUGCAUUUGUCACAGGCAUUGCAAGAUACAUUGAACAAGCAACUGUCCAUUCCAGUAUGAAUGAAAUGUUGGAAGAAGGCCAAGAAUAUGCUAUUAUGCUGUACACAUGGAGAAGCUGCUCAAGAGCCAUCCCUCAGGUGAAAUGUAAUGAGCAGCCAAACAGAGUGGAAAUUUAUGAAAAAACAGUGGAAGUUCUGGAGCCGGAGGUCACAAAGCUGAUGAAUUUCAUGUAUUUUCAGAGAAAUGCAAUUGAAAGAUUUUGUGGAGAGGUGAAGCGCUUGUGCCAUGCAGAAAGGAGGAAGGACUUUGUGUCUGAAGCUUAUCUCAUCACUCUUGGAAAGUUUAUCAACAUGUUUGCUGUCUUAGAUGAGCUGAAGAAUAUGAAGUGCAGUGUGAAGAAUGACCAUUCAGCUUACAAGCGGGCUGCCCAGUUUUUGCGAAAAAUGGCUGAUCCUCAGUCCAUCCAAGAAUCUCAGAACCUGUCUAUGUUUCUUGCCAACCACAACAAGAUUACGCAAUCUUUACAGCAACAACUCGAGGUGAUUCCUGGCUAUGAAGAACUACUUGCUGAUAUUGUGAAUUUAUGCGUAGAUUACUAUGAGAACAAAAUGUACCUAACACCUAAUGAGAAGCAUAUGCUCCUAAAAGUAAUGGGUUUUGGCUUGUACCUGAUGGAUGGUAGUGUCAGUAACAUCUAUAAAUUGGAUGCUAAAAAAAGGAUAAAUCUUACCAAGAUUGACAAGUUUUUUAAGCAGCUUCAAGUAGUUCCACUGUUUGGAGACAUGCAGAUUGAACUGGCAAGAUACAUUAAGACUAGCGCUCACUAUGAGGAAAAUAAAUCUAGAUGGACAUGUACUUCCUCCAGCAGUAGUCCCCAGUACAACAUCUGUGAACAGAUGAUCCAGAUAAGAGAUGACCACAUGCGUUUUAUUUCAGAAUUGGCUCGUUACAGCAAUAGUGAGGUGGUGACAGGAUCAGGCCGACAAGAAGCUCAGAAAACAGAUGCUGAAUAUCGAAAACUUUUUGACCUUUCUCUCCAAGGUCUCCAGCUUCUGUCUCAGUGGAGCGCACAUGUUAUGGAAGUGUAUUCAUGGAAGCUUGUACAUCCAACUGACAAAUACUCAAACAAAGAUUGCCCAGACAAUGCAGAGGAAUAUGAAAGAGCCACACGAUACAAUUAUACCAGUGAAGAGAAGUUUGCUCUUGUUGAGGUGAUUGCAAUGAUUAAAGGAUUGCAGGUACUGAUGGGCAGGAUGGAAAGUGUCUUCAAUCAUGCUAUUCGUCAUACCAUCUAUGCUGCUCUCCAAGACUUUGCCCAGAUUACACUAAGAGAGCCACUAAGACAAGCUAUCAAAAAGAAAAAGAAUGUCAUCCAAAGUGUUCUCCAGGCCAUCAGAAAGACUGUGUGUGACUGGGAAGGUGGGCGUGAGCCAUUUAAUGAUCCUGCUCUGAGAGGAGAGAAAGAUCCCAAAAGUGGCUUUGAUGUCAAAGUUCCAAGACGAGCUGUGGGCCCCUCUAGUACCCAGCUUUACAUGGUGAGAACCAUGUUAGAGUCCCUCAUUGCGGACAAAAGUGGUUCCAAGAAAACCUUGAGAAGUAGCCUUGAGGGUCCCACCAUAUUGGACAUAGAAAAAUUCCACCGAGAGUCUUUCUUCUACACUCACUUGAUAAAUUUCAGUGAAACGCUACAGCAGUGCUGCGACCUGUCCCAACUAUGGUUCAGGGAAUUCUUCUUGGAAUUGACAAUGGGCAGAAGAAUCCAGUUCCCCAUUGAGAUGUCUAUGCCUUGGAUUUUGACUGACCAUAUCCUAGAGACCAAGGAAGCAUCAAUGAUGGAAUAUGUCCUGUAUUCUUUGGAUCUCUAUAAUGACAGUGCUCAUUAUGCUCUUACAAAAUUCAAGAAGCAGUUUCUCUAUGAUGAAAUCGAGGCAGAGGUCAACUUGUGCUUUGACCAGUUUGUCUAUAAGUUGGCAGAUCAGAUAUUUGGAUAUUACAAGGUUAUGGCAGGAAGCCUGCUUCUGGAUAAGCGAUUAAGAUCAGAGUGCAAAAAUCAGGGAGCAACAAUUCCUUUGUUAACAUCGAACCGGUAUGAGACCCUGUUAAAACAGAGGCAUGUCCAGCUUCUAGGUCGAUCAAUAGAUCUGAACCGCUUGAUAACUCAGCGAAUUUCAGCAGCCAUGUACAAAUCACUGGAGCUGGCAAUUGGCCGCUUUGAGAGUGAAGAUUUGACCUCCAUCGUUGAGUUAGAUGGGUUGGUAGAAAUAAACAAAAUGACACACAAGCUCCUGAGCAGAUACAUGACCCUGGACAGCUUUGAUGCCAUGUUCAGAGAAGCCAACCAUAACGUAUCAGCUCCCUAUGGAAGAAUCACACUUCAUGUAUUUUGGGAGCUCAAUUAUGAUUUCCUUCCGAAUUACUGCUACAAUGGGUCCACAAACAGGUUUGUUCGGACUGUAUUACCCUUUUCCCAGGAAUUCCAGAGGGAUAAACAGCCCAAUGCACAACCUCAGUAUCUGCAUGGAUCAAAGGCGUUGAAUCUGGCAUACUCCAGCAUUUAUAGCAAUUACAGAAACUUUGUUGGUCCCCCUCAUUUUAAAGUCAUAUGCAGGCUUCUGGGAUACCAAGGCAUUGCUGUGGUCAUGGAAGAAUUACUGAAAGUUGUCAAGAGUCUGUUACAAGGUACAAUUCUGCAAUAUGUGAAGACUUUAAUGGAAGUGAUGCCAAAAAUCUGUAGGUUGCCAAGACAUGAAUAUGGUUCACCAGGUAUUCUGGAAUUCUUUCAUCAUCAGCUGAAGGAUAUUGUUGAGUAUGCAGAACUGAAAACUGUGUGUUUCCAGAAUCUGCGAGAAGUGGGAAAUGCUAUCCUCUUCUGUCUCCUCAUUGAGCAGAGCUUGUCGCUGGAGGAAGUAUGUGAUCUGUUACAUGCAGCACCAUUCCAGAAUAUUUUGCCACGGGUCCAUGUCAAAGAGGGAGAAAGACUUGAUGCUAAAAUGAAGAGACUGGAAUCAAAGUAUGCACCACUCCAUCUUGUUCCACUGAUUGAAAGACUAGGAACACCUCAGCAAAUAGCCAUAGCAAGAGAAGGAGAUUUGUUGACCAAGGAGCGCCUUUGCUGCGGCCUGUCUAUGUUUGAAGUCAUCUUAACCAGGAUCCGGACCUUCCUUGAUGACCCCAUCUGGCGUGGCCCUCUCCCCAGCAAUGGUGUGAUGCAUGUGGAUGAGUGUGUGGAAUUUCACCGACUGUGGAGUGCAAUGCAGUUUGUGUACUGUAUUCCUGUGGGAACACACGAAUUUACGGUGGAGCAGUGUUUUGGAGAUGGACUGCACUGGGCAGGCUGUAUGAUUAUUGUGCUGCUUGGACAGCAGCGUCGAUUUGAUGUGCUGGAUUUCUGUUACCACUUACUCAAAGUGCAGAAACAUGAUGGCAAAGAUGAGGUUAUAAAGAAUGUGCCUUUAAAGAAAAUGGUUGAAAGAAUCCGCAAGUUCCAGAUCCUGAAUGAUGAGAUCAUUGCUAUACUGGACAAAUAUUUGAAAUCUGGUGAUGGAGAAGGCACACCAGUGGAACAUGUGCGCUGCUUCCAGCCUCCAAUUCACCAGUCCUUGGCCAGCAACUAAAAAAGAUCCAUUCUCUUUCCCUCUUUGGAAAACAGCACACAGUGCACUGUGCUGUAGAUUUGAUGGUGAAUGAUAUUGUACUAGCAUUGACUGUUUCCCAGUAUCACACGAACCUUUGAAGGGGCAGGUCUUUAGCUUCAUUUCCAAGUACUAUAACUGUACACAAUUCUCCAAUUUUUAGACUACUUUUUAUAUACCUUUUAUAAAAGGCUUUGGAAUGUAACCUAUUUUUAGUCUUAAAAUCCUUUGCAUUUCCCCAGCUUUGUAAUCAUUUUAGAGUGGUUUGGGCUUGGAUUUUUCUUCCUUUUGUCCAACUAUUAGCAAAAUGAAAAUUUAAUAUGGGAGGGAGGUAUGUUUAUAAUUAUCUUGUAUAAGAAAAACAUUAAGCUGCUCAGCUAGCCUUUAGGAAAACUCUUUUAGCAACUCCAUCUUCUUAGCAACUUCUACCUAUGAAUAUCUGUGCCCCCCUCCCCUUAUGUAAUCAGUUUUGGAAUAAAGGUUUUAAGGGGAAUUUUUAAAACAAGACAAUAAGACUGAUGCAAUUAAUGAUUUGUUGUAGUGUAUCAAAAUGUUUAUAGCCACACUAUACACUUAGAAUCAGUGACUUCUGAUUUGUUUCAACAUUCAAGAUAAAAUGGGGAAAUGUAUCCCAUUUUCCAUUUUACACAUUGGAAGCAACAGCAUGAGUCACGUUUUAGAACUAUGUAAGCACCCUUGGUUUAAAAGUUUAUACUUAUACACGUUUUGAGGUUUGUUUGUUCAUUCUUAUGAAAGGACAUUGUUACCUUCACAACACCUUGUUUUAAGAUCAAGCUUUGGGAAUAUAUAGUUUAACUUUUGGGUUUAGUAGUUGAAGUACUUAGGAAAUGGAGUUCUGAAUUAAAAGUAAAACUUUUAUCAUUUGCAUGGGUAUAAGAGUUAUUCUAUCACUUACCAGAUAAUUAAUUUGCAAUUGUUCUUUGAUUCUAACAAGAGACUGCCACAUAUACUCAUCAUUCCUACAGCCAGUUUUCCAGCGUAGGAGUACAGUUUUUUAUGGUCUCUCAUUGUAAAUUAUUUUCUACAGCUGUCUGCCACAUUACAGGCUGUCAAGAGACCCUCCCCCCAAAUACCCAGGCUACUGAUCCGAACUCAUACAUUAGAAGGGAAAAUAAAUCUGCCCUUCCCCUUAGCCAGUUGGUUAGAGGAAGAAGUAAUAUAAUAGACACACUUCAUUAAAAAGCUUCUAUUUUAGUGGCAUUCAAAAUAAUUUUGAUCACAUCUAAGGUUUAAUCUCAAAACAAUUAUAAACAUGCCAUUUUUGUAGUACUCAAAUGCUUCUAGUUCUGUGUUCCUUUUGGCAACCUAUUGAUUUUUCCCCUUUUUCUGCAUAUUUGAUUCAUGUGUAUGUAAAUAGAUACCCAUCUGGGCUACUACGAAUGCUAUUCUAAACUAUAGGUUGUGUACUUCUAUACUACUGCAGUAUAUUUUACCUUUUUCUUAGAGCAUGUCUAUUUUCCUUUUAUCCAAUAUCCCACUGCUUUUUUUUAAAUGCAGAAGGAGCCAUGUGAUGCAAAUAUCUUUGUAAUUUUUAUAAAGAUACAGUAAUUCA